AGUCAUCACGCAUAAGCAAAAAAAAGAGAAAAAAUAAGAAAAGUCCACCCACUCAAGUUGGUUCGUUCAGUGUGCGCUCCAUCCAGCGCAGGGAGGCUUGAUGGUGGACGCGUCUUUUUGCCGGCUAGGAGUGGAGCUGCCUCCAUGUUCAUAGGAAGGACUGUCUGUUGCCGCGACAAACAGCUGGAGUGACCGCGACAUGGACGCGUUUUGUGGAAGCGGCGGGCGACUGGGCUCAAAAUUCUGGGACGCCAACCUGACGCUUUACACCGACUCCCCGGAUCUGACGCCAUGCUUCCAGAACACCAUCGUCGCCUGGAUCCCCUGCAUCUACCUCUGGGCCCUGCUCCCUUUUUAUAUUAUUUAUCUAAGAUACAAUAGAAGAGGAUAUAUUGUGCUGUCUGUGCUCUGCAAGGUCAAAACGCUGAUUGGCGUUCUGCUUUGGUGCGUGUGCUGGGCGGACCUCUUCUACUCCUUCCAUAAACUUAUACGGGAAGAGGCUCCGCCUCCCGUCUUCUUUGUUACACCUCUAAUCGUCGGAAUCACAAUGAUUGCAGCGACGAUUCUUAUCCAUUACGAGAGGCUGAAAGGCGUCCAAUCUUCCGGCAUUCUCAUCAUUUUCUGGUUCUUGGCCACACUUUGCGCCAUUGUUCCUUUCCGGUCGAAGGUCAUGUCCUCCGUGAAACAGGACGUCUCGGACCGAUUCCGCUUCACCACCUUCUUUAUUUAUUUCACCCUUCUGGUGUUGGCGCUCAUCCUGUCUUGUUUUAAGGAGGCCCGCCCCUUCUUCUCCCCCGUCUCCUCCGACUGUAAUCCUUGUCCAGAGUCUGACGCCGGCUUCCUCUCAAGAUUGACAUUUUGGUGGUUUACAAAGAUGGCGAUAUUGGGCUAUAAGAGGCCCCUGGAAGACAAAGACCUUUGGUCAUUGAAUGAAGAUGACAAAUCCAUAGUAGCUGUGUCUAAACUGAUCAAAGAGUGGGACAUAGAAAAGACCAAGUUAAGGAAUAGUGAAGUGCAAUUCGCCAAAGCCCAAGAAGCGGAAAUGAACCACGUGAGCGAAAAACCAACGGAGACUGACGUUCUGAUCGUCAACAACAAGAAAGUGAAAGAUCCGUCCUUCCUGAAAGUUCUGAUCAGGGCGUUUGGGCCGUUCUUCUUAAUCGGGUCCGUGUUCAAGCUUUUCCAGGAUCUCCUGUCCUUCGUCAAUCCCCAAUUAUUAAGCAUCCUGAUACAUUUCGUCAAAGACCCCAGUGCGCCGGCCUGGUGGGGAUUCAGCAUCGCUGCGCUGAUGUUUCUUUCCUCCGUCGUUCAAACCCUCAUCCUUCACCAGCACUUCCAGUAUUGCUUCGUCACCGGGAUGCGUCUGAGAAGCGCCAUCACCGGGAUCAUAUACCGAAAGUCUCUGGUCAUCACGAAUGCCGCAAAGCGAUCAUCUACCGUCGGCGAAGUGGUCAAUCUGAUGUCGGUGGACGCUCAGCGAUUCCAGGACCUCACCACCUUCCUGAACAUGCUGUGGUCGGCUCCUCUGCAGAUCUUUCUGGCUCUUUAUUUCCUUUGGGAGACAUUGGGGCCUUCUGUCCUAGCAGGAGUGGCUGUCAUGGUCCUGCUCAUCCCCAUUAAUGCUUUUAUUGCCAUGAAGACCCGUGCCUUCCAGGUGGAGCAGAUGCAGUACAAGGACUCCAGAAUUAAACUGAUGAACGAGAUCCUCAACGGCAUUAAAGUCCUCAAACUCUACGCCUGGGAGCCGUCGUUUGCCCAGAAGGUCCUGGAGAUCCGCAGCAAAGAGCUGAACGUCCUGCGGAAGGCGGCCUAUCUCAACGCUCUGUCCACCUUCGCCUGGACCAGCGCCCCCUUCUUGGUGGCGCUGACCACGUUUGCGGUGUAUGUCAGCGUUAAGGAGACGAACAUUCUGGAUGCAGAGAAAGCGUUCGUGUCGCUCUCACUGUUCAAUAUCCUGAGAUUCCCUCUGAAUAUGCUGCCCCAGGUCAUCAGCAACCUGGCACAGGCUAGCGUCUCCAUAAAAAGAAUUCAGAAUUUCCUGGCCAAUGAUGAGCUAGACCCUGAUGCCGUGAACAAGGAUAAGACUCUUCCUGGAAAUGCCAUCACGGUGCACAAAGGGACAUUCAGCUGGGCGAGAAGCAGCGAACCGGUUCUAGAUAACAUCAAUUUACUGGUCCCCACCGGCUCACUGGUUGCUAUAGUCGGCCACGUCGGCUGUGGAAAGUCGUCUCUGGUGUCGGCUCUCCUUGGAGAAACGGAGAAGUUGGAAGGGGAUGUCUCCAUCAGGGGUUCGGUUGCCUACGUCCCCCAGCAGGCCUGGAUACAGAAUUCCACCCUGAAGGACAACAUUCUCUUUGGCCGGCCAGAUAGUGAGAAGAACUACAAGAAGGUUCUGGAAGCAUGUGCCCUGGUCACGGACUUGGAGAUGCUGCCGGGAGGAGACCAGACGGAGAUCGGCGAGAAGGGUAUUAACCUAUCCGGAGGCCAGAAGCAGAGGGUCAGCUUGGCUCGGGCUGUUUACAGCAAUUCUGAUGUGUAUCUCUUGGAUGACCCCCUCUCUGCCGUGGACGCUCACGUCGCUAAGCACAUCUUUGACAAUGUCAUUGGACCCGAUGGACUGCUGCGAGGGAAGACUCGGCUCCUGGUCACUCACGGUAUCAGUUUUCUGCCACAAGUCGAUCACAUUGUGGUCAUUGUGGACGGGAGGGUGUCCGAAACGGGAUCCUAUCAGGAACUGAUGAAGCAAAAUGGCGCUUUUGCCGAAUUCCUGCGGAACUACGCCUUUGACGAUGACGUGGAAGAGGAAGAGCCGACAAUCCUGGAUGAGGAGGAGGUGUUACUGGCGGAGGAAACGCUGAGCAAUCACACCGACCUGGUAGACAACGAGCCCAUCGCCAACGAGGCCCGCAAAAAGUUCAUCAGGCAGAUCAGCGUCCUGUCAUCGGACUCGGACCCGACGCCGCACGCCUUGUCCACGCGGAGGAGGGUCUGUGAGAGGAAGACGUCUGAGACGGUUGCAGUAAAGAAACCGCCGGUGGAUAAACUCAUCCAGACAGAAACCACCGAGACGGGGAGGGUGAAGAUGACGGUAUUCUGGCAAUAUGCUAAAGCGGUUGGCCUCCCAGUGUCUCUAUUUAUUUGCUUCCUAUACUGCUGCCAGAAUGCCUCCGCCAUUGGGGCCAACGUGUGGCUCAGCGACUGGACUAGUGAGGCCAUCAUCAAUGGGACGCAGCAAAAUACACAGAUGCGACUCGGCGUUUACGCAGCCCUUGGAUUGUUACAAGGUCUGCUGGUGAUGGUGUCCUCCUUCACGUUGGCCAUGGCGGGUAUUGGUGCUGCCCGAAAGCUGCAUGAGGCCCUCCUGGACAAUAAGAUGCACACACCGCAAUCCUUCUACGAUACGACGCCGAUCGGACGCAUCAUCAACCGGUUCUCCAAAGACAUAUAUGUGAUCGAUGAGGUCAUCCCCCCAACCAUCCUCAUGUUCCUGGCGACAUUUUUCACAUCUUUGUCCACCAUGAUAGUGAUCGUGUCCAGUACGCCACUCUUCGCCGUUGUCAUUAUACCGCUGGCAUUUGUCUACGUAUUUGUACAGAGGUUCUAUGUAGCAACUUCCCGGCAAUUAAAGCGCCUGGAGUCGGUCAGCAGGUCCCCCAUAUAUUCCCAUUUCUCAGAGACCAUCACGGGUGCCAGUAUCAUCAGGGCCUAUGGGAGGCAAACCAGUUUCAUCCAAUUCAGUGACAACAAGGUGGAUGACAACCAAAAGAGCUACUACCCGGGCAUCGUGUCCAACAGGUGGCUGGGAAUACGGGUGGAGUUUGUUGGCAAUUGUGUUGUUCUCUUCGCGGCUCUAUUUGCAGUUAUUGGUAGAGAAAGCCUCACCCCGGGGCUUGUGGGUCUCUCCGUGUCCUAUGCAUUGCAGGUGACCAUGUCACUUAACUGGAUGGUGCGGAUGACCUCCGACCUGGAAACAAACAUCGUGGCUGUGGAACGUGUCAAGGAAUAUUCUGAGACCGAGACGGAGGCUCCUUGGAGUAUAGACGAUAAGAAGCCGGGAGAGGGCUGGCCAACUAAAGGUGAAGUCGAAUUAUCCAACUACUCUAUCCGGUAUAGACCCGGCUUGGAUUUGGUGCUGAAAAACUUGAACCUGAAAGUUAAAGGAGGAGAAAAGGUUGGGAUUGUGGGAAGGACGGGAGCCGGAAAGUCUUCCAUGACGCUGUGCCUCUUCCGGAUCCUGGAGGCUGCUGAGGGAAUUAUCACCAUCGAUGGUGUAAAUAUUGCUGAGAUUGGACUUCACGACCUUCGAUCUAUGCUCACUAUUAUCCCACAGGACCCGGUGCUAUUUUCAGGGACUCUGAGGAUGAACCUGGACCCCUUUGAUAAAUAUUCUGAGGAUGAAAUUUGGAAAGCACUGGAGUUAUCCAACCUGAAGAAGUUUGUCUCCAGCCAGACCGAAAAACUGGACUACGAGUGUGCGGAGGGUGGAGAAAAUCUGAGUGUUGGUCAGCGUCAACUGGUAUGUCUCGCCCGAGCUCUCCUACGUAAAACCCGCAUCCUCAUCCUGGAUGAAGCCACGGCCGCCAUUGACCUGGAGACUGACGACCUCAUCCAAAUGACCAUCCGGACACAGUUUGAGGACUGCACAGUGCUGACAAUCGCACACAGGCUCAACACCAUCAUGGAUUACACAAGGGUUCUCGUCCUCGACAAGGGGAGAAUAGCUGAAUUCGAUACGCCCACCAACCUCAUAGCAUCUAAAGGAAUAUUUUACGGCAUGGUGAAGGAUGCUGGACUGGCCUAAAUGUGUUUUUUCUUUUGUUUCAAAUGUUUUGUUACAGACUGUCCGUCUUUUUUUUUUUUUUUACAGCUCCAUUUUGUAAAUAAUAUUGACAAAACUGGUUUAUUUUGAGUUCUCUCAACAUAUCAAAGAAAAAAAUUAUUUUUAAAGGGACUGCCGUUUUUUUUUAUUUCCAGA